UGGCAUUCAAAUCUUCCACUAUCUCAUAGCAUAUACGGAAAAAUCCUCUUUAGGCAAAUCUUCUAUAAAGAGAUCAUACAGUAAAAACCCAACUGCUCAUAGACUCCGACAAUAUUUGGGAAAAAGAUAAACGUGAAAAACCAUUUUGAUUUCCCAUUCAUAACACAGCGGAGACUACCUUCAUCUUCAUGGGCCAUGCCCGUGAUAGCGAAACGCGGUGAGUCUACAAGACUACACACCCAUUCACCACAAGAAUCAGCCAACUCCCGAUAUAAAGUAUAUGAUCACAAGCGAAAAGUAAAUUCCUCGUAAGAUACUUACUGGGCUGUAUUGGGAAAUGGCUCUAACUUGUGCUCCGCCAUUGUUGAACCUCAAGCUCAAGAACAAGUACUCGCAACACCAUUUCUGCGUUGCCAAGAAAUCUAAUUCUGUUGCCACCACCCCUGUUAGAAACUCUUUGAGCCUAGAUUUCGACAGCCGUUCAUUUUGGGCUAAUGAUAAAGGCUUUAGAAUACGUUUUUUACGCGCUGCUCCCAAACCCAAUUUGAUGAAGGUUGGAGCUUCUUCAGGGGAAGGUAAAUCUUUCAAUUCUGAGACAACACAGCAAGAGGUUUUUGCUUGGUCUUCUGUUAUCUUACCAUUUCUAUUCCCUGCCUUGGGUGGUCUGUUAUUCGGCUAUGACAUUGGUGCAACCUCUGGAGCUACCAUUUCUUUGCAGUCACCUGAGCUUAGUGGUACAAACUGGUUCAACUUUUCAGCUGUUCAGCUUGGUUUAGUGGUUAGCGGUUCCCUUUAUGGAGCUCUUGCUGGCUCCCUCGUUGUUUAUCCCCUGGCUGAUUUUCUUGGGAGGAGGAGAGAGCUUAUCAUCGCUUCCCUGUUCUAUCUGACUGGUGCUUUGUUGACUGCCUAUGCUCCUGGCCUUGGAGUUCUCUUAGUAGCCCGGUUUCUAUAUGGUCUUGGUAUUGGCAUGGCAAUGCAUGGGGCUCCUCUUUACAUUGCAGAAACCUGCCCAUCUCAAAUUCGGGGAACUCUGAUAUCCCUAAAGGAGCUUUUCAUAGUAAUGGGGAUAUUGUUGGGCUAUUUUGUUGGUAAUUUUGAAAUCAAUGCUAUUGGGGGCUGGCGUUACAUGUAUGGGUUCAGUGCCCCAAUUGCAUUACUUAUGGGAUUAGGCAUGUGGAGUCUCCCGCCAUCUCCACGAUGGCUUCUUCUUAGGGCUGUUCAAGGUAAAGGGUCCUUACAAGAAUAUAAGGAGAAGGCUCUACUUGCAUUGAGAAAAUUAAGAGGCUGUUCUGGUGAAGACAAAGUAUCUGAAAGGCAAAUUGAGGAUACCCUCGUUUCCCUGAAAACUGCAUAUGCGGGUAACGAGUCAGAAGGCAGUUUUCUUGAGGUGUUUCAGGGGCCAAGUCUGAAGGCAUUUAUAAUUGGAGGAGGAUUGGUUCUUUUUCAGCAGAUUACAGGGCAACCUAGUGUUCUGUACUAUGCAGGUCCCAUUCUUCAGACUGCUGGAUUUUCUGCGGCUGCUGAUGCUACAAAACUUUCAGUUGUUGUUGGUGUGUUUAAGUUGCUCAUGACUGGAGUGGCUGUCCUGAAGGUUGAUGAUCUUGGGAGAAGACCCUUGCUGAUUGGAGGUGUCGCUGGCCUAGCCUUCUCUCUGCUGCUGCUUUCGGCCUAUUACAAAUUCCUAGGAGGCUUUCCUUUUGUCGCUGUAGCUGCUUUGCUUCUCUAUGUUGGUUGCUACCAGAUAUCAUUUGGACCUAUCAGUUGGCUUAUGGUAUCAGAGAUAUUCCCACUCCGCACAAGAGGAAAGGGUAUUAGUCUUGCAGUACUCACAAACUUUGGCUCAAAUGCUAUAGUGACAUUUGCAUUCUCGCCACUGAAGGAGUUACUUGGAGCAGAAAAUCUUUUUCUUCUAUUUGGGGCAAUUGCUGUACUCUCACUUGUGUUUGUGGUAACCUCUGUUCCUGAAACCAAAGGCUUGAGCUUGGAAGAAAUUGAAUCCAAAAUUUUGAAGUGAAAGAACUGUUAUUAUGAGUUUAAGCUCCUAUAUGUACACUUCAGAUGUGCACACUUAAUUUCCAUUCUUGAUAUUUCAGAGAUCUCAGUCCUUGAACUGUAUCUUGAAUCAAAGAAAUCAUUUUGCAAAUGUUCAUCUUAGAAAUUCAUGGUGA